CGCGAAACUCACGACCCGAAAUGAGAGAAAAUGAGAGACAGAGAGAUUCGACGAAGUCGAUUUUUUUAAGCGAAAUGCUAGAAAAAACGUGGAAGACGAAUCUCUUCCUGCGAUCAAUUCCGGUAAGAAUCAAACAGCAACAAUAAUAACAACUGAGUCAACAACAAAAGAAAAAUGGCACGAAAAAUUACGCAUAUAGAAGCCAUAGCGCGAUCAGCCAGUCUAACAUAAGUAUUCUUCUUAGUGUACGUGGAUUUAAAAUACCGUCUGUUACAUUUUAGUACCGUAAUAAAAUAGCGUGGUUCGUAGAGUUCGUCGGCGGGAGCGUCACUUUAACAGCGGCUUCUCAACGGCCGUUUCUGUUUCCCCCUCGGAAUUCGAGAUGUGCGGUUUUCACGUCGGCGUUUAUCUGGACGCGGUGCGCGAGAGGAGUGUGUCGCAUGUCUUACACAGGGUCGCGAAUGUUAUCGAGAUGAGGAAAAUAACACGCGUAAUGUACAUCGAAUGCGCACGCAGAUACGCUUUUCAAAAAUCCGGCUUCGAGAGAUUAACGACGGGAUUAAUCACAGGCAUACUUUUGGGGAAAGCGCGAAACUACACGCGUCGGCUACACCGUCGCUUAACGAAACUGCACCUCAUCAACAGAGAGAGAGAGAGAAAUUUAUAAAAGAAUAAUUAUUCGCGCCCGAUGAUUUAGUCAUGCGGCCAAUAAGGAGCUGAUAAAAUUUACCGACAACAAGAUGCGUGAAUACUUUUGUGAUUGGGUUUAUCCAAAGUUUAAUGAAGCUUCGCGCGACCGGCGAUCAAAAUGUGUCGCGUUAACGCGCCCGAAAUGUCAGCGAUUCCUUGAUCGACAUGAGAUUCGCGAAAUCCCGAGAGAAAAGCGAGAAAGAGAAGCGAUCGCUCGGCUGUUAUUAAAACGACGCUCCCAGCCGAAAUUCCCGCUGUCGCUUUAACAGCGUGUACAUGCGUUAGUGUACUAGUAUGUGUGUGUACAUAUGUGUAUCUUUAAUUGUCUACAUACCGAAGAGUAUGUAAUAACGACGAGCAACAUCCAGGUGCACAGUUCGGCUUGUAUGUGAACUCGGGCCGCGGGUGAAUCGGUCCCGGCGUCUCGAUGCGGAUCAAUAUUAAAAGCGAUAACUUCGUCGCGAACACACGCGCCGAUAAUUGACACGCCGGCGGUGCGUAAUUGGCGACGGAGUUAUUAUUAUGUGUAAUAAUUUUGUUUCGUCUAAGGAAAGAAAAAGGGACCGCGCUCGAUCCCCCAUCUGUGCCCUAAUGAUCUCGAUUUCGAAGUGUAAUGGCUCUAACAGCACACUUUAGUAGAUUCUACAUUGGCCCGAUUCUUUGUGCUGCACGGGGAAGUAUUCGCGUCUCGCACAAAUUGAAAUGCCCUCGUAUAUUUAUCUUUUGCAUUCUACUCCGUGCAAUCAAUGAUUGAGAGAGAAAAGCCGGAAAGAAUAUUUUCCAUCUAAUCAGUAGUUAAGAGACAAACUAGAAUGCUCUCUUAAUCUUGCAUUUUUGUUGAAAAAUUGGCACGUAAACUCGCAUAAGAGGCGCGACACUCCGCUCGAGAUCGUAGGAACCGCAAAGGGAGCGAGGAAACGUUCGCACGUAUCGUCGAGGAUCUCUCUGAGACGAAACGGAACGGUGCAGUUUGCACGAAGGUGGCAAAGCAGUAUUGGUUGGCCAGUCAAUGUUACCUACGAGUUGUUUAAGAGGAGAGGACACUUAUUACCGUUUGCAAUUCAAUACACCGGCAGUCGUCGCCCUCGUUAGUAGAGAGUCUUUUAUUUUUUCAUACAACGCUUUGUUCUCUUUUCUUUUUUGUACAGUUUAAGAUAUAUUAUAUCGUCGUUCGCUCGUCACAAAAGCGAAGGAGGACCGACGCGACGCGUGCGUUGUACAAUUAUGUAGCGAUACAUAUACGUGUAACGUAACGCGUUUACAUAUAUAUUUAUAGAGAAAUCGUAUAUAUAUAAUUAUAUAUUGUCUUAUAUACGUGUCAUUUUAUUAUAUAUAAUUAUAUAUGCACUUCUUUAUAUAUAAAUAUGUAUGACGCGUCGCGUCGCCAGUCGAUAGUUGUACACAGAAAUUUAUUAGGCAUAGGUGUGUAGCUAGUUUCUUAAAUCUCCUUACGAAAAAUCGUCAUUACAGGUUCAACGUUUUAAACGACAAAUGAUCGACUUUAUCUUAGACAAAAAAAUAUUAUAUAUGUAUAAAGAAUCGCGCGUACACGCGCGUUCGUGUACGCGUGUACGAAUUCUAUCGUACACGCGUAUACGACGACAAUUAUGGGAGAAAUAUGAGAGAGAGAGAGAAGCGAGAAUCGCGCUCUCGCCGACAUGGAGAGAGGUGUAGUACAGCGUGUAGUAAUAAUCAGGGAACUGUAGGAAUUGCAUUGAUUUGCCUCGAUUCGAUUAAAAGUACGACUAUUGUUACAGUAACUAAAUAAAAAAAAAAAAGCUGAAUUCGACACUGGUCGUCGCCGCGCGUAGGGGUGGUGGUGGCUCGCGUGUCACGUUACUUGGCUGUGUGUGCUAGGCUACAUCGUAAAUCAUGUUCCAUCGCGUUCUCAUCGCUCCCACACUCUCGCAUAGGCUCCAUUAAAAACAGAUAGGAAAAUAAAAACGACAAAAAAAAGAUUUAAGAAGAAAAUGAACGAGAGGAAAUGCAAAAAAGAGGCAGAGAAAUAUAAAUAUAUGUAUAGAUAGAGUAACGACGAGAGAGAGAGAGAGAGAGAGAGAGAGAGAGAGAGAGAGAGAGAGAGAGAGAGAAAGAGAUCCGCGCUGUUAUUAAUUAUUGUACCAACGAUAAGAGCGAGUAUUCGACUCACGUUUUACUCCCAGGGGUUAAAAACGAAAGAAAGAAGCCCUUUCUUCCCUUCUCCACUCCAUACUUUCCUCCAUCCCAUAAUCCAUUCGCUGCAUGUCGCCUCAUUCGCGUCACUUUAGUGCCAUAUCGAACUUCCCUUUGCCCAUCAGCCACACUUGUUAACGUUUGACAGUAGAACGUGUUGUUAAAGAUGUGUAUAUCUCUCUGCUGGACGCAGGGAUCGUUUUCAAUAAAGUCGGUACGUUUAUUUCUCAUUAUAUUUUGGAAUAUUGGAGUAUUUGUACGGGUAAUCACCUUUAUGCCUGCUCAGUUUGCGGGGAGGGAAUGUUUUACGAAAGAAGUGGCUCUCUUGGUGGUAGCCAAGAAAGGGAGGGAGUUUUAGGAACAUAAUUGAGGCAAGACCGACCGCCGCGAAUUGAGAGGAAUAUUAAUUAGUGGAUAUUUUAAUGCGUCGCAAUGUUGUCGCGAAUUUCGCGCUCGCGCGUUUCUCCUUUCGCUUUUUAUUUUUCUAGUUUUUAUACGCGUGCGUUGUAUCUUGUUCCAGUCUGUCUUACGAUCAGCGAUAAUAGUAAUAUCUAAAGAUGACGUAACGAUUUCCGAAACUGAUAUUCGCGUACUGCUAAUUAUUCGACAAUAUUCGACCCGGAAAUAUAUCUGUUGCGAUCGCUGCCAUAUAAGGAAAGAGAUGUCCUUUAAAUUCGACGAUAACGUCAGCGUGCGCGUCGCAAGAAAAUUUUACAAAAUUUCCGAACAGACGGAGAGAUCGAGCAAAGGCCUAUAUCGAUUGUUAAAUGACGAGAAUAGGGGGAAAAGUACAGGCGGGCAAGUUAACUUUGCGAUGCAUCGCGAUUGAUUAUCGUUUCCGAAGGAAGAAAAAAAGAAAUGUAUUUGCAUUCUAUUAGGGAUUUUACUUCUCCAAAACUGCGUUGGUUUACUGCCACUUUUUUGCAAUCGUUCGCUAUAAUCAAACGUUUGAAUACGGUAGGACAAAUUUACCAUAGCCGAAAAAAAAUCGAUGUAAUCCGUAAUAUAUGUAUAUACACGUAUAUACAUAUAUAUUACGUUAAGAGAGAAAUGUUAACACUAAGAUAUAAGAAUUGCUAUAGAGAGCGUCACAAA